CGGAGUCAUAAUAUAGACAGGAAGAACUGACUAAAAGGGGGGACAUUAUGCGCCGCUGGUUUUGCUGCACCCAGUUUCAUGCUUCGUAUCGUGAGCAGCAACAUGAAUUUCCUUCCAGCCCAGACGAGAAAGAAGAAAAUGGGUUUGCCUCCAAAAGUGAUCCCACAAAAGCACCUCCUCCCAUUGAGAUACCUGAAAUGUCACUUGAUGAACUGAAAGAAAAGACAGGCAAUUUUGGGUCAAAAGCUUUGAUCGGCGAAGGAUCAUACGGGAGAGUGUAUUAUGCUACUCUAGACAGCGGAAAACAUGUUGCUGUUAAAAAGCUUGAUACUUCAGCUGAGUCUGAUAACGAUUUUUUGACACAGCUCUCAAUCGUGUCGAGAUUGAAGCAUGAAAAUUUUGUGGAAAUGCUUGGCUACUGUGUGAAAGGAAAUGAACGUCUGGUGGUCUAUGAAUUUGCUACAAUGGGUUCCCUACAUGAUAUCUUGCAUGGAAGGAAAGGUGUCCCUGGUGCACAGCCUGGCCCAGCACUUGACUGGUUGGAGCGGGUAAAAAUUGCUAUAGAUGCUGCUAAAGGACUAGCAUAUCUUCAUGAGAAGGUUCAACCUUCGAUAGUCCAUCGGGACAUACGGUCUAGCAAUGUCCUUCUAUUUGAGGACUACAGAGCGAAAGUUGCAGAUUUUAAUCUUUCAAAUCAGUCUCCUGAUAUGGCUGCUCGUUUGCAUUCCACCCGUGUCCUUGGAACAUUUGGCUAUCAUGCUCCUGAGUAUGCCAUGACUGGUCAGCUAACUCAGAAAAGUGAUGUAUAUAGCUUUGGAGUUGUUCUUUUAGAGCUUCUAACAGGAAGGAAACCGGUAGAUCAUACAAUGCCUAGAGGUCAGCAGAGUCUAGUUACAUGGGCAACACCUCGUUUGACCGAGGAUACAGUUAAACAAUGUAUUGAUCCAAGGUUGAAGGGCGAGUAUCCCCCAAAAGGUGUUGCCAAGCUUGCUGCUGUGGCAGCGCUCUGCGUGCAGUACGAAUCCGAGUUCAGACCCAGCAUGAGCAUUGUCGUCAAGGCACUCUCUCCCCUUCUUCAGCACAAACCUCAACCUCCACCAGCCGCCGCUCCUGAUACAACGGCUUGAGACGCCUGACCAACCCGGUUCUGCAUGAAUGAAUGUAAAAAGAGUGCUAAGCUGCAUAUAUACCCUCGUCUGCCUGUCCCUGCGCGUGAGAUGUUUUUUUACAGUAUCGAAAGUAGUACCCUUGCUUUACUGAGUUCAACGACAGGCUUUAGUGUGUGAUUUCGCUGAGUGAUGUGCUCCUGUUGCAUUCGUUUGCCUGGGUGUGCAAGAUGUGUUCUGUUGGUGCUCACCUCAGUAACCGUGCUCUGAACUUGGGAAGGUCGUAAUCUUGUAAUUAGCUCAUGCUUUUGACAUUUUCUGGGCUUGCCAUUGUGGUUUUGAGCUAACAUCAUCGAUUGAUUGUAUAAUGUGCUGAACUCAAAGCUUGUGUGAGAUAUGAGGAGCGGCCCACAUUCUUGUCAA